GCGCUGAUUGGUCCGUUGGGCAGCCAGCAGUGGGACAGGCACGCUCCAGGCCCGGGCCGAUAAGAUAAAGCGUUUGGAGGGGGGCACACGUCUGGUGGCUCCGGAAAUCCCCUGCUGUCCCUGGGGCGGCAAGCAAAUAUAAGGAAGGGCCCUCCGCCCCUGCCCAACGAGUCGUGUGCUGGACUCUCAGCCUGCAGCGUUUCUGGUCCUUCCUCCACUCUACCUCUUUUCCCCCCUCCUCCUCCGUGUUCACCCUACCCCGAGCAGAGAGGCCCCAGGAGGCCGGAGCCGCACCUCUCCUGGGGUGGGCGGGAGGACGGGGAGACCGCUCUCGGCUCCGCCCCGGCUCUGCUCUGCCUCUUCCCCUCUGAGCUAGGAUGGCCCCCAAGCCCGCCUGCGUGGUGACCAGCGAGCCCUCCUUUCCGAGAGCUUCAGACGCAGCCACCGCCACCGACGCCAGACUGUGCGCCUCCUGUGCCUUGUCCCCUCCCGGCAGCCCCAGCCCAGCGCCGCCGCGGACCUGCGCCGAAAGCGAGUCCCGUGGAGCUCCCAAGAAGGGUAGGGCUCGGCGCGGGGGUCGCAGCCGGCCCAAGAGCGACGCGGCGCUGAGCAGACAGCGGCGCAGCCGGCGCAUGAAAGCCAACGACCGCGAGCGCAACCGAAUGCACAACCUCAACUCGGCGCUGGACGCGCUGCGCGGCGUUCUGCCCACGUUCCCGGACGACGCCAAGCUCACCAAGAUUGAAACGCUGCGCUUUGCGCACAACUACAUCUGGGCGCUGACCGAAACGCUUCGCAUGGGGGAGCACAGUCUCCGGGGGCUAGGCCUGGGCCUGGGGCUGGGCCUGGCCCCACCUCCGCUCCCCUCCGGGGAGCUUAGCAGCCCUGGCAGUGCCUCCUCCUCCACCAGGGAGUGGGGCUCGCUGUACUCUCCAGCCUCGCAGGCGGGCAGCCUGAGCCCCACCGCCUCGCUGGAGGAGCCGCCGCCCUUGCACUCAGCCGGCUCCCCGGUCUGCCUGGGUCCCGAAAUCCUGUCCUUCCCAGACUUUGUGUAGGGGGGCCCAGAAGAGCCUGAGAGGAGAGUGGGCUCUUAGGGCUAACUCACACGCCCACGCGCGGGAAGCAAGCCCUUGGACACUAGAUCUUCGGCCUUUGGGCAGCUUUCCCAUUUCAGAUUCUUCUUCCACAGUUGCCAGUUUCUUCCAGGUUUGGUGGACUUAAGCAUAUUCCUUCUCGAGCACGCCAAGAGUCGGCAUGCCAGGAAGUGUCUGCAGUUUAGGCAACAGGUCCCACCGAAUUCCUACAAAGAGCACCAGAUUAAUGGUGCCAGAAUCAAAUUCACCUUCUCGUGGUCACGCGCUCGUCUGCCUGAGCUGCUCUCUACUGACUCCUGUCUCUCAAUCUGUCCUUGUCUAUACCUUUUUUUACCCCUCCCUAUUUCCUUAUCUCUCUCGGUGUGUCUCUGUAUGUUUCGUCUCUGUGUCCGUUUCUCUCAAUGUCUCUCUUCCCAUGUCUGUCUUGUUCUGUAUGUCUUUAGCUGUGUCGGUUUGCAUGUGUUUCUAUUUCUCUCUUGCUGUAUCUAUUUCUGUCUUUGUCUCUCUCUCUCUUUCACACACACACACACACACACACACACACACACACACACACGCGUUAAACCCUGUUUUCUUAUACCCUAAGUGCUUUCCUCCUCCGCUUGGAGCUGCUUUCUUUCCCACUAGGAGUGCCCCGCCCCCGCGCCACCACCACCACCCCCUGCACGGCUCCUCUCUUACUCAAUCACGAGAGAAGACGCUCAGCCUUCUCCUCUAGCACUUUCUGGAGCUGCCUCCGGCUAUGGAUACAGCGGUGAGGUUCGAACUUGAUAGAACUCUAGGACCAAAAGGCGGUGCCUGAGGCCAUCUUUCCGACUCCCCCAUCCCGAAGCCCGCCCCUCUAUGUGGUGGGGGAGGUUGCGACCCCGGCGCCCGACCUGGGGCGGACAAUAUCUCUUCUUGAAAUCAGGUUUUGAUUUUUAUGAUGUCUUUUGGAAUGAUUUUUGGUACUCGGACACAGUAAAUUAUAUUAAUUUUCCAUUUUGUAUUUAUUAAUAUUUCAUAGCGGGAAAAUAUAUAUUUUGUAAAUAAGAUUAUUUUGACAUCGUUGAAAGCCUUUUGGUGCCAAUAAAAUAUUUGG